CUGAGUGUCCGGCACUCCGUGUUCGUGGUGGGGGCUGCAGGCACAGGCAAGUCCCAGGUGCUGAGGUCCCUGCACAAAACCUACCAGAGGAUGAAGCGCCGUCCUGUGUGGACAGACCUCAACCCCAAGGCAGUCACCAAUGAUGAGCUGUUCGGCAUCAUUAACCCAGCAACGAGGGAGUGGAAAGAUGGUGCUGACCCUGGCCAGCAACGAGAGGAUCCCUCUGAACCCCACGAUGAGGCUGCUGUUCGAGAUCAGCCACCUGCGCACGGCCACCCCGGCCACCGUGUCCCGGGCAGGGAUCCUGUACAUCAACCCCUCGGAUCUGGGCUGGAAUCCCCCUGUGAGCAGCUGGAUUGACCAGAGAGAGGUGCAGUCUGAGAGGGCCAACCUGACCAUUCUGUUUGACAAGUACCUGCCUGUUUGCCUGGACACCCUCAGGACCAGAUUUAAGAAGAUUAUUCCCAUUCCUGAGCAGAGCAUGGUUCAGAUGCUGUGUUACCUCCUGGAAUGCCUCCUGACGGAGGACAACACCCCUCCUGACUGUCCCAAGGAGCUUUAUGAACUCUACUUUGUCUUUGCUGCUGUCUGGGCCUUUGGUGGGUCCAUGUUCCAGGACCAGCUUGUGGACUACAGAAUGGAGUUCAGCAAGUGGUGGGUGGCAGAAUUCAAGACAAUCAAGUUUCCUUCUCAGGGCACAGUCUUUGACUUUUACGUUGAUCCGGAAACAAAGAAGUUUGAGCCUUGGUCUAAACUUAUUCCCCAGUUUGAAUUUGAUCCAGAGGUGCCACUGCAGGCCUGCCUGGUGCCCACGGCUGAGACGGUUCGCCUGCGGUUCCUGGUGGCCAGGCUGCUGCGGCGCCGGCGCCCCGUGCUGCUGGUGGGCACCGCCGGCACGGGCAAGUCCGUGCUGCUGGGGGACACGCUCUGCUCGCUGGACACAGACCUGUUCCUGGUGAAGAAGGUCCCCUUCAACUACUACACCACCUCUGCCAUGCUGCAAGGUGUGCUGGAGAAGCCUCUGGACAAAAAGGCUGGCAGGAGCUACGGCCCCCCAGGCACCAAGAGGCUGGUGUACUUCAUCGAGGAGCUGAACAUGCCGCGGGUGGACGCGUACGGGACCGUGCAGCCCCACACCCUGCUCCGGCAGCACCUGGACUACGGGCACUGGUACGACAGGAGCAGGCUGUCCCUGAAGGAGAUCAGCAAUGUGCAGUACGUGUCCUGCAUGAACCCCACUGCAGGGAGCUUCACCAUCAACCCCCGGCUCCAGCGCCACUUCUGUGUCUUCGCUCUCUCCAACCCUGAUCAGGACACCCUGGCCAGGAUCUACAGCACCAUCCUGGUGCAGCACCUGGCGAGUGGGAAUUUCUCAGAGGCUGUGCAAAAAUCAGCCCAGCAGCUCAUUGCCCUGGCCCUGGGGCUGCAUCGGAAGGUGGCUGCCACUUUCCUGCCAACAGCUGUCAAGUUCCACUACGUUUUCAACCUCAGAGACUUCUCUAAUAUCUUCCAAGGCCUUCUGUUCUCUACCCCCGAAUGCCUGAAGCAGCCCCAAGACCUGGUGAAGCUCUACCUGCAUGAGUCCAACCGGGUGUACCGGGAUAGGAUGGCUGAAGAAAUGGACUGUGAGACUUUUGAUAAAAUCCAGCGGGAGAUGGUGAAGAAAUGCUACGAUGACAUUGAGGACACUUUAGAGCAGGCCAAACACAUGAAUAUUUACUGCCAUUUUGCCAAAGGCCUUGGGGAACCUGGCUAUAGGCCAGUUCCAAGCUGGGAAGAGCUGAACCAGAUCCUCAUGGAAGCCUUGGACAGCUACAACGAAGUCAACGCUGCCAUGAACCUGGUACUGUUUGAGGAUGCCAUGUGCCACGUCUGCCGCAUCAACCGCAUCCUGGAGGCGCCGCGCGGGAACGCGCUCCUGGUGGGCGUGGGAGGCAGUGGGAAGCAGAGCCUGGCCCGGCUGGCAGCCUUCCUCAGCUCCCUCGAGGUCUUCCAGAUCACCCUGAGGAAAGGCUAUGGCGUCUCUGACCUCAAGGCAGACCUGGCAAACCUGUACCUGAAGGCCGGGCUGAAGAGCGUGGGCUCCGUGUUCCUGCUGAGCGACGCGCAGGUGGCGGACGAGCAGUUCCUGGUGCCGGUGAACGACUUCUUGGCAUCAGGGGAAAUCCCAGAUCUCUUCCCUGAUGAUGAAGUGGAAAACAUCAUCAGCAGUGUGAGGAAUGAAGUCAGAGGCCGAGGGCUGGUGGAUUCCAGGGAGAAUUGCUGGAGGUUUUUCAUUGAGCGAGUUCGACGGCAGCUGAAGGUCGCGCUGUGCCUGUCCCCCGUGGGGCCCAGCCUGCGGCUCCGCAGCCGCCGCUUCCCGGCCCUGCUCAGCGGCACCACCAUCGACUGCUUCCAGCCCUGGCCCCGGGAGGCCCUGGAGUCCGUCAGCCUCUGCUUCCUGCGGGACAUGGACACGCUGCAGGAUUCAGUCAAGGAUUCAAUAAGCAAAUUCAUGGCCCACGUCCACAUCAGUGUCAAUGAGAUGUCCCGGCUGUACCUGAGCAACGAGCGCCGCUACAACUACACCACCCCCAAGUCCUUCCUGGAGCAAAUCAAACUCUACCAGAGCCUGCUGCUGAAAAAGGACAGGGAUUUAAAGGCAAAAAUGGAGAGGCUGGAGAACGGCCUGGAGAAGCUCAAGAGCACUUCUGCACAGGUGGAUGAGCUGAAGGCCAAGCUGGCAGCCCAAGAGGUGGAGCUGAAGCAGAAGAACGAGGAUGCUGACAAGCUGAUCCAGGUGGUGGGAGUGGAGACGGAGAAGGUGAGCAGGAAGAAGGCGGUGGCUGACGAGGAGGAGAGGAAGGUGGCCCUCAUCACCCAGGAGGUUGAGCAGAAGCAGAAGGACUGUGAGGAGGACCUGGCCAAGGCUGAGCCUGCCCUGGCAGCUGCCCAGGCUGCUCUCAACACCCUCAACAAGACCAAUCUGACGGAGCUGAGGUCCUUUGGGUCACCUCCUGCUGCUGUCAGCAACGUCACCGCGGCCGUGAUGGUGCUGAUGGCCCCGGGAGGGAAGAUCCCCAAGGACAGGAGCUGGAAAGCAGCCAAAGUGGCCAUGGCAAGGGUAGACGGCUUCCUGGACUCCUUGAUCAAGUUCAACAAGGAGAACAUCCAUGAGAACUGCCUCAAAGCCCUCCAGCCCUAUUUGCAAGACCCUAAGUUCAACCCCGAGUUCGUGGCCACCAAGUCCUCGGCGGCGGCCGGGCUGUGCUCGUGGGUGCUGAACAUUGCGCGCUUCCACCGCGUCUUCUGCGAGGUGCAGCCCAAGAGGCAGGCUCUGGACAGGGCCAACGCUGAGCUGGCAGCAGCCCAGGACAAGCUGGCCACUGUCAAGGCCAAAAUCGCCUGCCUCAACGAGAACCUGGGCAAGCUCACGGCCAGGUUUGAGAAGGCCACGUCAGACAAAAUCAAGUGUCAGCAGGAAGCAGAAGCCACAGCCUGCACCAUCACCCUCGCCAACCGCCUGGUUGGGGGACUUGCCUCUGAAAAUGUGAGAUGGGCUGAGGCCGUGAAGGACUUCAAACAGCAGCAGAGCACCUUGUGUGGAGACGUCCUGCUGGUCACAGCCUUCGUCUCCUACCUGGGCUACUUCACCAGCAAAUACCGCCAGGACCUCCUGGAUGGCAUCUGGAGGCCCUAUUUGCACCAGCUAAAGGUGCCCAUCCCCGUGACGCCGCGCCUGGAGCCGCUGUCCCUGCUGGCGGACGCCGCGGCCGUGGCGGCCUGGCACAACCAGGGGCUGCCGGCCGACCGCGCCUCCGCCGAGAGCGCCGCCAUCCUCUGCAGCUGCCAGCGCUGGCCCCUCGUGGUGGACCCCCAGCUGCAGGGCAGCAGAUGGAUCAAAGCCACCCACGGAGAGGGGCUGCGGGUGAUCCGAGCCGGGCAGAAGGGGUAUCUGGACACACUGGAACAAGCCCUGGCUGCUGGAGACACGGUUUUGAUUGAGAACCUGGAGGAAUCCGUGGAUCCAGUGCUGGGGCCAUUGCUGGGGCGAGAAACAAUCAAGAAAGGCAGGUACAUCAAGAUUGGGGACAAGGAGUGUGCCUUGCACCCUGCCUUCCGUCUGAUCCUGCACACCAAGCUGGCAAACCCCCACUUCCCGCCCGAGCUGCAGGCACAGUGCACCCUCAUCAACUUCUCUGUCACCCGCCACGGCCUCGAGGAGCAGCUGCUGGCGGCCGUGGUGCGCCUGGAGAGGCCAGACCUGGAGGAGCUGAAGUCAGAGCUCACAAAGCAACAGAACGGAUUCAAGAUCACCUUGAAAACAUUAGAGGACGACUUGCUCUCUCGGCUGUCAUCAGCAUCUGGGAAUUUCCUGGGAGACACUGCGUUGGUGGAGAACCUGGAGAACACAAAAAGGACAGCUGCAGAGAUUGUGGAGAAGGUGCAGCAGUUCAAGGUGACAGAGGGCAGGAUUAACGAGGCCAGGGAGCACUACAGGCCCGCGGCCGCGCGCGCCGCGCUGCUCUACUUCACCGUGAGCCAGCUCCACGCCAUCCACCCCAUGUACCAGUUCUCCCUGAAGGCAUUUCACAUGGUGUUCCAGAAGGCCAUGGAGAGGGCAGCUCCUGCUGAGAGCCUGGCAGGGCGGGUGCUGAGCCUCAUGGACAGCAUCACCUUCUCCGUGUUCCAGUACACGUCCCAGGGGCUCUUCGAGAGGGACAAGCUGACCUUCAGUGCUCAGCUCACCUUCCAGAUACUUCUGAUGAAUAAAGAAAUCAACCCAGCGGAACUGGAUUUCCUGCUCAGAUACCCAGCAGAGCCUGGAGUCACGAGCCCUGUGGAGUUCCUGUCUGACCAUUCCUGGGGAGGGAUCAAGGCUCUCUCGUCCAUGGAGGAAUUCAGAAACCUGGAUCGGGAUAUUGAAGGGUCUGCAAAGCGGUGGAAGAAGUUUGUUGAGUCUGAGUGCCCUGAGAGGGAGAGGUUCCCCCAGGACUGGAAGAACAAGUCGGCCCUGCAGCGCCUGUGCAUCCUGAGGGCCCUGCGGCCCGACCGCGUCCCCUGCGCCGUCAGAGAUUUUGUAGAAGAAAAGCUGGGCAGCAAAUACGUGGUGGGGAGAUCCCUGGAUUUUGCAACCACCUUUGAGGAAUCGGGGCCUGCAACUCCAAUGUUUUUUAUCCUGUCCCCAGGAGUGGACCCACUGAAGGAUGUGGAGAAACAUGGGAAGAAGCUGGGCUACACCUUCAACCACAGGAACCUGCACAACGUUUCCCUUGGACAAGGCCAAGAGGUGGUGGCUGAACAAGCUCUGGAUCUGGCUGCAGAGGAGGGUCACUGGGUCAUCCUUCAGAACAUCCACCUGGUGGCCAAGUGGCUGAGCUGUCUGGAGAAGAAGCUGGAGCAGCUCGCUGAGGGCAGCCACCAGGAUUUCCGCGUGUUUGUCAGUGCGGAGCCGGCGCCGUGCCCGGAGAGCCACAUCAUUCCCCAGGGCAUCCUGGAAAACUCCAUCAAAAUCACCAGCGAGGCCCCCACCGGCAUGCACGCCAACCUGCACAAGGCCCUGGACAACUUCAGCCAGGACACCCUGGAGAUGUGCAGCCAGGAGAAGGAGUUCAGGAGCAUCCUCUUUGCCCUCUGCUAUUUCCAUGCCGUGGUGGCGGAGCGGCGCAAGUUCGGCCCCCAGGGCUGGAACCGCCCGUACCCCUUCAGCACCGGGGACCUCACCAUCUCUGUCAACGUGCUCUACAACUACCUGGAGGCCAGCUCAAAGGUCCCCUAUGAUGACCUGCGCUACCUGGUGGGUGAGAUCAUGUACGGAGGUCACAUCACGGAUGACUGGGACAGGCGGCUCUGCAAAACCUACCUGGAAGAGUUUAUUAAGCCAGAAAUGCUGGAGGGAGAGCUCUGCCUUGCUCCUGGCUUUCCCCUCCCAGGGAUCAUGGAUUACAAUGGCUAUCACCAGUACAUAGACGAUGCCCUGCCUCCAGAGUCUCCCUACCUGUACGGCCUCCACCCCAACGCCGAGAUCGGGUUCCUCACGCAGUGCUCGGAGCGGCUCCUGCGCACCGUGCUGGAGCUGCAGCCCCGGGACUGCAGCACGGGACAAGGAGCAGUGGGGACCCAGGAGGAGAUGGUGCAAGCCCUGCUGGAAGAGAUGCUGGAGAAGCUCACGGAGGAGUUCAACAUGGCAGAGCUGCUGGCCAGGGUGGAGGAGAGGACACCCUAUGCCGUGGUGGCCCUGCAGGAGUGCGAGCGCAUGAACGUCCUCACGGCCGAGAUCCGGCGCUCGCUGGCCGAGCUGGAGCUGGGCCUGAAGGGGGAACUGACCAUGACCAGUGACAUGGAGGUCUUGCACAACUCCCUCUUCUUGGACACAGUGCCCGAGUCCUGGGUGAGGAGAUCUUACCCUUCCACAGCCAGCCUGGGCUCGUGGUUUGCUGACCUCCUGGCUCGCAUCAGCGAGCUGGAAGCCUGGACCAGGGACUUCUCCUUGCCCUCCACACUGUGGCUUGGAGGGCUCUUCAACCCACAGUCCCUCCUGACGGCCGUCAUGCAGACCGCGGCACGGAAGAACAAGUGGCCCCUGGACAAGAUGACGCUGCAGUGUGAUGUGACCAAGAAGAGCAGAGAGGAUUUUGCCAGUGCUCCUCGUGAGGGGGCCUAUGUCCACGGCCUGUUCAUGGAGGGAGCGCGCUGGGACGCUCAGGCCGGGACCAUCACGGAGGCCAGGCUCAAGGAGCUCACUGCGGCCAUGCCUGUCGUGUUCAUCAAGGCCGUUCCUGAUGACAAGCAGGACACCCGGGGCCUGUACCCGUGCCCUCUGUACAAAACACGCCAGAGAGGCUCAACCUAUGUGUGGACGUUCAACCUCAAAACCAAGGAAAACCCUUCCAAGUGGGUGCUCGCUGGUGUGGCCUUGCUGCUGCAGACCUAAGGCACAGCCUUGUGGGGUCUGCACAUCCCUCUCAAUGCCUUUGCCACUGUCCUGGUUUGGAAAGACAGGUAUCUGUCAGGGAAAACUGGAGUUUCCCUUGGAAUGGAGAAUGUAAAGCCUCCUCCCUCCGAAUUAUUACAAUUUUGCAAUUAGGAGUUUUCAGGAAAAAAUAUGGGAAUAGGAAUAACAGUUCUUUACUAGGAAUAUUAAACAAUACAAAUGCAGUAGUACAAAAGGAAAACCCCAAACAAGCAAACAAACAAAAGCCCUAGAAAAUCCUGACAGAGUCAGAGAUACGACCUGACACCCUGUUGUCAGGGUGUUGGAAGCAGUCCAAAUGAGUCUUCCUGGAGUAACAGAUGUUCUGUGAAGUAGAGACGAUCCUGUAGGAAAAAAAGGUCUAGUGCUGGCAAGAUUGGUCCAGUCUUCAUCCAAGAAUUCAGUGGAAAACUGGCUAAAUUGCUGUUUGGGAUUGCAGGUUUUAUCCCAGUGGAAAGGAUUUGGCUCCUCCCACUGGGUGGAGCAUCUCCCAAUGGGAUGAGGUGAUGUUAUCAGUCCUGUGAGAGGCCUUGAAUGGCCCAUUCACAGGAGAUGUCCCUUGGAGGAGGAUGGGUGGAGGAAGAGAUAAGGAGGCCCUGCCUUAUCUGGUGUUAUCAGGUGUCCCAUUAACAGAGGGCAUCCGCCCUCUUCCCCCCCCCACCAGAGUUACAAGAAAUAAAGAACAAUAUCUCCCAGCCGGUUUCAAUGGAAGAAAAUGGAAUACACAUUUUUGGUUACCUUUUUCAACCCAGGACAGUCACACAGUUCAAACAGUUAAAUGCUGGGAUUAACCCAAGUUCCAUCUCUCUGAUGGAUUCCCAAGUUAUGUACCCAGGAGUGUCUCUGUGUCCUGGGGAUGUGACCCAAACAGGGGCUGUGAGGAGGUGAGAGAAGUGCAGAGUGACACGGCCCAGGUCCGUGGCUGCUGUAAAUCAAUAUCCUGUAAUUCCUACAUUGCUGCACUGGAAGAUCCCAGCCCAGAGCCUGAUAUAACCCACUCAGAGAGUGCUAAACUUAAAUCUAAUUUUUAUUUCUCUUCCUGAUUCAAAGUAGUUUUUAAAUCAGUAGCCUUCUCUAAAACACUUAAAUAGUCCAAUGACUUGUGAAAUUCUCCAGAAUUUAUUCUUUUCCCUCUGUGAGUGUUUCUUUGUUGUGUGUGUAAUGCUGUAAGCUGAGAGGUGAGCAGAUGUUGUGGUUAUAAACUGUGUGUUGCUAACAUUCCUGUAAAUCUUAGUAACACGGAAAAUGGUUUUAAUAUCCAAUGUGCUUAAUGGAAUUCGUAGUGAAAGUACAGCACAGGGAUUAUUUAAGAGGAAUAUGUCGUGGUGAUAGAUACUUACUAAUAAAAGUAAUUGUUCCUGGAA